AUGUCAUUCAAGAUACCAUUCUUCAUUGAAAGUGUGCACAGCUCGUCUUAUGUCUAUGUCAAUCACGCAGUCUCCACAGCGGCACCAGACGUCAGCACCGUCCACAAACACAGCUUACAUUACCAGGCUGUAGUGCGAUCGAUAGCGGAUGAGUCUCUUCUUCAUUGUUACAAGGGCGUCUAUUACAAUAUGCCAGCCGAAGUCAAAGAUGGGCAGUCGCUCUUCUAUGUUGUUCGUGGUUCCUACAUUGGCGUCAUGGCAGGCUGCACAACUAGGGAGAACGCAUUGAACUGUGUUCUGGGUGUCAACGAACCUGCUUAUCAUGAAGUAGAAUCUGUCGUGAUUGGGGAGCAGCGGGUUAGGGAGGCAAUUGAUCAGGGCAUAGUCGAGAUGGUGGAACCUUGGGGAUUCUCUUAUGUUGUGUAG